AUGAGAUUUUCUACGCUUCCUAACAUACCCACGUGUUUCUUCAUAAAUCUUUUGUUAAAAACUAGUAUGGAUAAUUCAUCUCACGUAUCAUCUUCUUCUGGAAAUUCAGCCAAAGACAAGGAUAAAAUAUUUCCUAGUUUUACAGAAUUAAGAAUCUAUCCAUCAUUUAGUGAAAUUCGAGAAAAAUUCAAUGCACCACAGAAUUUUAAAAUGUAUUUUCCACGAGAAGUCUAUGAACAGAUUGUACAGGGUAGUUUAAGUGUUGAAGGUUUACCAGUUGCAACACAAACUGCUGUGACAAAAGCAAAUAAUUUAGAAGGUCAAACGGUAUUUAUUCAUCGUUCAAGAGAAGCACCGAUUGAAUGUUUGGUUAUUCGACCGACUGACUUAUUAUUAAAAGAUGUUAAAAGCAAUCGAUAUAUUCGUGCAUCAGCGUACGAUCUAGAGUAUGUUACAAUACCAGAAGAAGAAGGAACGGAGGUGACAUUUGCAUUAAAACAAAGUGGUGAUGCUAUUCUAUGUUAUCUUAUCCAAGGAAUAACAUGGUCACCACGUUACAAUUUGAAAGUUGAUCGUACUAAUGAUCAACAUUUAUUUGAAGCAUGGGCUGACAUGACUAAUUCAACUAAACGUGAUUAUAAAAUAAAACAUACAGAAUUAUUUGGUGGUGAUGUAAAACUACAAAAUGUAAACAACUAUAGAUAUGAGGCACAAUCUUAUUCGUGCUGUUGUGAAUGUUCAGCAUUAGGAGGAAGUAACGAAGAAAUCAAAAUAGAAUCACAAGGUGAAAUAGCUGGCCUCUAUUAUUAUUCUAUUGAUCAAUCAUUUAUACUUGCAUCACAAAGUACAUUUUCAUUACCAUUUGUUGAAGUUAACAUUAAACUGGAAAAAUAUUCAAAAGUGGAAUUAUAUUUUCUUGAGCGUACUCAAAAAGGCAAAUUUCAACGAAUCUAUCGUAUUGAAGGUGAUAAAUUUUUACCAGCAGGUACAUGUACUGUACGUGAAGAUGGUCGUGUAGUGGGUCAAGCAAAAUUACCAGAUAUGGGUGUGAAGGAUAAACAUGACUUAGAAUGUGGUUCAGAAGUAGAUGUUGGAUAUAAUCGUGAGGUCAACGUUUUAAGCAAAAAACGUCAUAGUGCCUCAUUUUCAAUUAAAUUAUCAAUUAAAAAUACAAAAGAAAAACGUUCAAUGAAAUAUGAAUAUUCUGAAAUUAUACAGGGAAAAUUUGUUGUUACACCUAAAGGUGAAAAUAACAGAAAUGAUUUAUUAAAUAUAACACCAAAUGGUUUCAAAAUCGUUAAUGAAUUACAAGCAAAUGGUGAUACACAUGUAUUUGAAUACGAAGUUCAUCUGGAUUAUAAAACAAAUGAUGAUGAGGAUGAAAAAUAA